AUGUGGGAGGCAGCGAGUCACAUGGGGCGCAGAGCGUACCAGGAGGACAGGUUGUUGGCGAUCCCAGGAAAGGUUGGACUGUUUGCAGUGUUUGAUGGCCAUCGCGGAUCACAGGCAAGCGAUUUUGCAGUGACCUGGUUCUAUGAAAGAUUCAACUAUCACUUGAACAAAAGCAACGACAACACCCAAUUGCUAAUGGCCGCUCUGUCCUCGGCAGUCUCAGACGUGGAGGAUGCCUUCCUUAAGGAAUCAGAGAAGCAUGGAAUUGUCGCAGGAACCACAGCCUGCGUAGCAGCUGUCACCGGCCACACCCUUGUGGUCUUGAAUGUUGGAGACUCUAGGGCUAUCCUAUGUGGUAUGGAACCUGAGGAUUGUGUAAGGCUGACGCGUGACCAUCAUCCGUAUUGGGAGGACGAGAGAAAACGGAUUGAGGAAGCUGGUGGAAGCAUUCACAGCAACGGGAAGCUGUUUGGUGAGUUUGAGGUGUCGAGAGCUAUAGGUGAUCGUGAUCUCAAGGCGUUUGGGAUGAGCGCAGUGCCAGAAUUCACAGUACAUGACCUGAGGCAACACAGGCCAAGACCUCUUUACCUUUUGGUUGGAUCUGAUGGGAUUUUUGAAAAGCUGAGAUAUCAGGGUGUUUGUAAAGUCGUUGGCAAUGCAAUUAGGAAUGGAACAUGCCAGGGGAUUCCUUCAAAAGUGAUAGACACAGCACUUAAGGCUGGGACAAAUGAUAAUCUCACUCUUGUGGCUGUAAAAUUGAUGUGACAUUUUUUGCCGU